UAUGUACUAAAUUUAUUUGACUUUUUUAAGAGACAUUGAUGUUGAAUUGAAAAAAACACUUGAAUCAUCAACACAAGUUGUAAAUGAUCACAUUUUGUAAAGGACAUGUAAAUAAUAAGAUUUAGAAUUUGUUACUAAAGUAAGUAUUUACAAAUCUAUUAGAAAUUAGAAGAUUUCAAAUUUUAAGUUGAUAAGUAUGGCAUUUAAGCAAUAGAAAAGUUUAGAGAAAAUUUAAAAGCAAACAUAGAGGGUCCAAUAUAAGCAUAGACACAUUUUAUUGCUAUGAAGAAUCAACGAUAAAAAAGUAAGUCUUAUAAGAUGGAUGAUUUGGAAAGAGUUAUUGAUAGCAGAAUCUAAGUAAUCUAGUAAUCUAAUUAAGGAAGCAAGUGAAAAAUAGAAAUAAUAAUUAAUACAUUAUUUGGACACAUUUGAAGAAGAAUUCAGAUUUUAAAAUUAGGAAAUGGCUAAUGAAUAUUAAUAAAUUGAAAAAGAAUUGCAAGAAUUAUAAUUAAAGGAUUGA